UACGUUACUUUCUCUCCAAACCCCCCAAAGAGAAAAUUUUCAAAUUCUCUGGAAAAUAGGAUUUGCACAGCUCACAUCCCAACCAAUCACUCACUCUCUCUCCCCCGAAGAAGCUCCAUCUACAGUGAAAGCUGAUUAUUGUUAUAAUAUACCCAGAACCAGAAGAACCGAAUUCUUCUCCCUUCUUCCUCCUUAUUCCUUCAUGCCGAUUCUUGCAGAUCGCUGAGAUCAAUUGGGUUUUCGUUUUGAGGAAAUGCUCUGCAGAAAGGAUUCGGUCAAGAUCGGCAGUGGAUCGGUGCCUGUUUACCUUAAUGUCUACGAUCUCACCUCCAUUAAUGGCUACACCUACUGGCUGGGCCUCGGCGUCUACCAUUCCGGCGUUCAAGUUCAUGGAGUGGAGUACGCGUUCGGGGCGCACGAGUAUCCGACGACGGGGAUUUUCGAAGGGGAGCCGAGGCAGUGCGAUGGGUUCACGUUCAGGAAGGCGGUAUUGAUCGGAUGGACGGAGAUGGGACCGGCGGAGGUGAGGGCGGUGAUGGAGGAGCUGGCGGAGGAGUACAAGGGAAAUGCCUACAAUUUGAUCACCAAGAACUGCAACCAUUUCUGCAGUGACGCUUGUCUUCGACUCAGCGGCAAUCCCAUCCCCAGUUGGGUCAAUCGCCUCGCCAGGAUCGGUUUGUUUUGCAUUUGUAUUAUUCCGGUGAGCUUAAAAGUUGGUCACCAUGGGAUCGAAGAUAAAGUGGUGUGCCAAGCCCAAGUAGAGGAGAAGAAACUGGGAAGCGGUUCAAAUAGGUUUACUUCAUCUUCAAACUCCUCGUCUUCGACGUCGUCAUCUCCGGCUCCAGGGACAACCAGAAGAAGUAGAAGCAGAAGCCGACGGGGGGUUCUUCCAUCGUCGCCGUUGAUCAUUAGCCCCCCUCUGUCAUGAUUAUAAUCAGCAACAGCAAGAGAAUUGCUUGCUCUUGCUGAAACUGUUCUUGCAAUCUCCAUUGAUUUUCUGCUUUUGACUGAAGACUUGCAAUUAUGAAAGAAGUUUCUUGGGAAGGCUUGCAGUGCAGUUUGCGUCUCACAAACUACUAAUUUCACUCUUCUUCUUUUUUCGUUUUUUUAACAGCCAUCGAACUACUAAAAGCUAUUAAAUUUGAUUGCCAAGCCGAGCCAUAGCAGUGCUCCCAAGAACCUGUGUUUCUGGGAAUACUAAUAAAAACUUGAUUUCCAUAAUUCCAUA